AAAUGGCGUCAGUCUCAUCACAUCCUUUUGUGUGUUAUAGAUUCAUUCAUUUCAAUUCAUAGUUCUUUUUUAUUUCAUACACAAAAAAAAAGUAAAACAUUUUUGAAUUCAUUUCUUCCGCCACAUUUUCUUCUUCGAAACCUAUAUUCAUCAAAGUGGAAAGGAUAUUUUUGCCAAUGAGAAAUUUGUUUGGUGUUUUGUUUCUUCUUUUUUUGUAAAGUUAUCUUACUAGAAUAUUGUUAUACAGUAGGAAAUUGAGAUAUGGUAUGUGAAGUACUCUUAGAUCGUCGUGGGAGAGUCUGAACACACAUAUUUUUUACACAUUUUUUCGAAUGAGAUUUUUACGCCAAAACUUAAAGAGAUAAAAAGAGUGAAAAUGAUGAAAACCACUAAAUCUACAUUAGAAUUUGGUUUUAUCGUAUUGAUUUUAUUCAUCGAUAAUAUUAAAAGUGAUGAUAAUUUACCAAAAUUCAGUGAUACAACACAUGAAUUGAUUGGAUAUUGUGUUCCAUAUCAUGGAAAAAUAUGCAAUUCAUAUAUAACGUACGACCAAGUUUGGUAUAGUAAUGAGGAUCCAGAAGGCGGUUGGAAAAACGAACAAAUCACAACCGCUCUAUGGGAUGAAUUAAUCAAUGAACUAACGGGAUUGUGUCGAGUUGCAGCGGAGAAAUUGCUGUGUGCAUAUGCAUUUCCGAAAUGUAUCAUCAAAGAUGGUCGCUCAAAAAUGUUACCAUUGUGUUAUGAAGAUUGUAUUGCAACAGCCAUGGAAUUUUGCUUUAAUGAUUGGGCUUUAUUGGAAGAAAAACGUGAUCGUGGCAUGCCAUUGAAAACAAGGGGUCAUUUCCGAUUGCCCGACUGUAAAUUACUUCCACGAUACAAUGCAUCAGCUGAAACGCCGUCAUGCUCAUGGGUCGGACUCACCGAAAUGAAUCCAGAAGAUGUCACAUAUGAUUGUCGUAUGGGAAACGGUCGUUAUUAUAUGGGAAAUGUGAAUGUAACGAAAAGUGGUAUACCAUGCCAAAAAUGGGACUCACAAAAACCGCAUACGCACAUUCAGCCGCCAAAUGUGUUUCGUCAAAUGCAAAAUGCCGAAAAUUACUGUCGAAAUCCUGGUGGCGAAGAGCCAAGUCCCUGGUGUUAUACAAUGAACGAAUUGGUUAGAUGGCAACUGUGUGACAUUCCACUCUGUCCUAAUUCGACCGAUUCUUCCGUUACGCAUUUGCCACCAAUUGCGAUGGAAAACUUUUUCACACCGUCAAUGGUCUUUUUAUUGGGCGGUAUUGGUUUUAUUGCGAUUGUUGUUUUGCACCUGUUGGUGUUGCUAUGCUCAAAAGUGACACGCCACAAACGAAAUCGAAAUCGUUUGGUCAGCGGAUAUAGUCAAUCGGAAACGCAUGAUAAUCCAGUGAUUGAUUUGAAUAAAACGCCAAUUCAUACAUCAACAUUAAAUCAAAAUAUCCAAUAUAACGAUAGUGAUGUGAUCAUAAAUCAUAAAUUGGAAAAAUUGGAAUAUCCGCGAAAUAAUAUAAUUUACGUAAAGGAUUUGGGUCAAGGUGCGUUUGGACGCGUAUUUCAAGGAAAAGCACCAAAUUUAAUUCCAUGCGAUGAUUUUACAAUGGUUGCCGUUAAAAUGCUGAAGGAAGAUGCAAGCACUGAAUUGCAAGUGGAUUUUGAGCGUGAAGCAUGUCUGCUGGCCGAAUUUAAUCAUCCAAAUAUUGUAAAAUUGCUUGGCGUUUGUGCGGUGGGCAAACCAAUGUGUUUGCUAUUCGAGUAUAUGUCACGUGGUGAUUUAAACGGUUUUUUACGCUCAUGUUCGCCAUAUGUACCACAACAAAAUGUCAACUAUCAAACGAAUCGCGAACAAUUAUCACAUCAACAUUUACUUAAUUUUGCCCACCAAAUUGCCGCUGGUAUGCUCUAUUUAUCCGAACAGAAAUUUGUUCAUCGAGAUUUGGCCACACGAAAUUGUCUCAUCGAUGAUAAUAUGACGGUGAAAAUUGCCGAUUUUGGUUUAUCGCAUAAAAUUUACAUGCAAGAUUACUAUAAAGGUGAUGAACGUGACGCAAUACCAAUACGUUGGCUACCAUUAGAAAGUAUUUUAUACAAUAAAUACACACUGGAAUCGGAUGUUUGGGCCUUCGGUGUUGUUCUAUGGGAAAUUUUUUCAUUUGCACUUCAACCAUAUUAUGGAAUGACACAUGAAGAGGUCGUCAAAUACAUUAAGGAUGGCAAUACAUUACAUUGUCCAGAAAAUACACCGUUGGUUGUGUACAAUUUGAUGCGCCGUUGCUGGAAUCGAAAACCAAGCGAUCGUCCAAAUUUCGAACAAAUUUUCCAAGCAAUCGGACAAAUUCAAUACGAUUAUGAACAUCAACCGAAUCGUUGAUCAAAUUAAAUCUAUUGUUUUAAUUUUUAUUGAUGCACUUUCAUGUUCACACCUCUUUCACAUAAGUUUUAUUUUUCUCUUUAGUUUUAUUCGAUGUGACAAUCGAUCACGCGUUUGUGAAUAGUCUUUAAAUUAUUCAUUCCCAAAAAAUAUUGUACCAAAUGACAUGCACAUCUACAUCUUCAUCAAACAUCAUCCUUUCACACGGAACAGACAAUUCUCAUUCUCUCACUCUCUCUCAAUGAAAAAAUGAACAAAAAAAGAUAGAUAUCGCUAUGUUUACAAGAGCUUCGAAGCGAUACACAUAGCCAAAACACGAAGAGAAUGGCAAAUAUUAAGACUCAAAUACUCAGGUGAAACAAUAACAACAACAACAAAAAUACUUUUUCAAACUGCCAGCGUUUUUUAUACAUUAUAUUUUAACAAAUCUAGUCACAGAUAUAUAUUUUAAUUUUUUUUUAAUUUUAUAACAACGAACUUUGAAAGCGUAGUGUUUAAGUCCUUAAUCUAGCAAAAAAAACGACAAGACAAAUAAAAGUCGCGACUUCUUGUCAACAACAAAGGGCUGACAAAAUGUUUCGGUUUUUUGUCUGGUUUCUUGCCCAAAAACCAACCAAAAUCGUAUUCGGAAUAAUUGAUAUCGAACAAAACUAGAAACAACACAUAUUCAAAUAUUAUGGUUUAAGUAGAGAUUUUUUUUAGAAAAAUGUAGUACUUUUUCUUUCCAUCAUCAAUUUACACCUCGUAGUCUCAUAUGAGCGAAUAAAAAGACAUUUUACAUUAAGUCUGAAAAAAAAAAACCAUUAGUUAAUUAGUAUAGGUAAAAACAAAAAGAUAAAUAAAUAAUCGAGAUUGAUGACAAGGUGACAA